AUGACCAUCGUGCUUGGCUGGAUCCUUCCGGUGGUGCUUUUCGUCGUCGCUGCGGUGUACACUUUUCAAGACCAAGUUCACCUAACUCCAAAGUUGUCUGCCGUAAAAACGGGCCCACACGAGAUGCUCGAGCUCCGCAGCAACGUCCACUUUGGCUCCGCCCGCUGCUUUGUGGAAGAGGCGCCCGCGACCGAUUUCUCCAGAUACUUCGAGGCGCUGGCCGAAAGCGAGGGUGUCACCAUAGAAAAGAUAAAGAACGCCAAGCUGCACCUGGUCGAAUUAGCACGCAAGGACUUUGUGGAGUACUACAGUCACUACGCCUACGGGAUCACUUACAACGCCACCACUUCUUUCCUGGCAGCAGUGGACCGCGAAGGCACCUACUCAUGCUUGAUGUGUCGGCGUCAAUGCCGUCAGAGUUCUAUGGUGCACUCGUUCGCCUGCGUCUACGGUGUAGACUUCGUGGGCAAGAAUCCGCCUUGGAUUCUCGUCCGCAGCAUUAUCCGCGACUGCACCUGGCAACCGCCGCGGGUGGCCAGCAAAACGGGCUACGAACGAGCGGGCGACAACCUCGACCCCCUUCUCCCCCACUACCUUGCCCGAGGGAUCGAGGGCUGGUACAACCCGGCGAGUCCCGUUUCCGCAAAUGUGCUCUGGAACCUGAUUACUACGGCGCUACUGCGCGCCAAAUUGCAGUCUCCCAAGGCCCGUGUCACCACUAGUGCGUCCUUUUACACCACCGACGCACCGGAGCCGGGUUCCAAAGACGUUAUGGUAGCGGUGGCAGUAGCCGUACUUUUCUGGGCCUUCGUGCCUCAAGCCAUCCUUGGUCUAACCGUGUCAACGAUGGCCAUCUUCCCCGUCGCCGAGAAGAGCAGUGGCGCGCUUGAACUCCAGCUCAUGACGGGCGUCUCGGGCACGCUGUAUGUGGCCUCGCACUUCGUGUUCGACCUACUCGUGCAAUACCUGCCGCCAUUCGGUGCAUCUUUCACCGUGUACUUAUUCUGGUUCGAGAAAGAGCUACAUUACACCGGUAUCGUGGCACUGUACCUGGUCAUGCUGACGUUUGCACCCGUGGCAAUCUUCUUUUCUUACCUGAUGUCCUCCCUGGUCACCUCAGAAGGGGGCGCAUUUGCUGCAACAAUGGUGGUGUUCGUCAUCGGAGGGCCCGUGACCUACAUACUGUUUGGCCUCUCGGUCCUCUGGACGUCAUCACCGCGCACGUGUCACGUAUUCUGGGUGUUCGUGUCUCCACCGUUCGCUCUCGGCCAGGCCGCCUUUAAAGCCGUGGUGCAAGGAAAAAUUGCCUACCUGUGCGCCCACGCUGCCGCGAGGACAAUGGCUCCUGCAGCGUCCGCGCUCAAUGUGCUCCGUGCACUAGGCACCCACGGCGUCGAGACCCACUAUAGGCGCAGCAUCUUCGUACGCCACGCAAGGGAGGACAUCAGGGACGAAGACGUGAAGGCGGAGAAGGAGCUCGCCGAGCGUCUGGCCGCGACCCCCGAGCUGGAGCAACAGGGCUACGCACUUGUGGCACACGACCUGUGCAAGUCGUUCGGUUCCUUCCAGGCCGUCAAGGGCAUCAGUCUGGCUCUUCGACGCGGCGAGUGCUUCGGGCUCCUCGGCGUGAACGGCGCGGGAAAGAGCACGACUUUCCAGAUGCUCGCGGGCCUCCUUAACGUGAGCUCGGGCGACGCCUACAUGUCCGACGUCAAGCUCUCGGCUUCGCGUAGGCGGUGGCAGUCCUUCAUCGGCUACUGCCCCCAGACCAAUGGCCUGCUGGAGAAGCUGAACGCCUUCGAACACCUGCGCCUCUUCGCUCGCCUUCGGGGCAUCCCCGAAGCCCAGGUAGAAGCAGCGGUGCAGGCAGCAAUUACGCUCGUCGACCUGGAGAAGCAUGCGCUAAAGUGGUGCGGGACGUACAGUGGCGGCAACAAGCGAAAGUUGUCGAUCGCUCUGGCCAUCCUGGGAAGUCCCAGGGUGGUGUUCCUCGACGAGCCAUUCGCUGGCAUAGACGUCGUGUCCAGGACCAAGAUCUGCGGCAGACUUGCAACGUUGCGCACGGAGGGAAACAAAGCCGUCGUGUUCACUUCUCACGGCAUGGAAGAGUGCGAGACGGCGUGUGACCGAAUGUGCAUCAUGGUGGCCGGCCAGAUGACCUGCCUUGGCACUCUCCCGCACCUGCGGGAUAAAUUCGGCACCGGCUACACGAUGCAGCUGGUGAUGGCGCAUACUAAGCCACCGGCAGGUGAAGUAGAGUCGGCGGAUAUCCCCAUGGAGGGGAAGGCCAGCAAGACGCUCGACGAGAAGGUGGCCAAUCUCUUCCCGGGAGUGCGGGUGCUCGGAAAGCACGAUAACGUUCACACCUACCACGUCAAAGAGAAGCUUCCUUGGAGCAUCGUGUUCGAGAAGGUGGAAGAGCUCGAGGAGUCGCACACUUUCCGUCACGUCAUGGUCCAAGACACCAACUUGGAACAGAUAUUCAUUGCGUUCGCUGAAAAGCAGGGUGCACCGGGCCCAGCUUGA